AUGUCUUCGCCCGACAAGGCUUCUGCCAGCAAAGAAAAAGCUUCUGCCAGCAAGGAAAAAGCUUCUGCCAGCAAGGAAAAAGCUCCUCAGAAAUCACCAUCUAAGGCAAAGUUGUCCGAUGACAAAAUUACGGCCGAGAUCCUGCGAGCUAUCAUGUCCGAUGAACAGCCUCGUGCCACUGCUGCUUCCAAGUCGCCUGCCUCACGUUCUCCCAAGAACCCCCCUGGAAGGAAGCCCCGGGUCGGAAAGGCCAAAAGUCCAUCCAUCGAGGAUGAGCAUGAGUCCUCAGGCCCCGAUUCAGUCAAGCACAAUGAAGACACGGAUUCUGAAAAUAUGGUUGACCUGGUCAAGGGUGAGCCUUCCGAAAAUGUGUCUGACUUGGUGAAGGAUGAGAUCUCCGAUGAUAUGUCUGAUUUGGCGAAGGAUGAGCCCUCGGACCAAUCUGAGGACGGAUAUUUUGAUGGUUAG